UGGCCAUCGAACGUGGACGUCGCAAGGCAGCGACAAACGUCUGCCUCCCACGUCACACCAGGAUGUGCCGAUCACCUCCGACAAAUUAACGAAACUCACGGUGGAGCUUCAAUGGGCUCAACCGCUGGGGAAAGCACCAGCAGGAGGAGGGGCGCGACUCACGUUGGUGACACAUCCUCGCGUCUUUGGCUCGCGGACGCGAUGGAGACCCACUUCACCAAACCGCUGGAGUCAUGAUCAACUAUGCGGCUGAUUCGUUCAACCAUUAACGCCACUGACGACCAAAGCAGCUACGGGGUGGAAGGUUGUUAAGACUAAACGUAUUUCUUUAUCUUGGGAUCGACGGACCAGGUCGCCCUCGCUCUACUGCAGCCAGC